UAUAUUGUAUAUCGCGCCCGUUUUUUAAAACGUUAAAAAACUUAAUAGAAAUUUCGAUUUACGUUCGAAAAAAUGUCGAUGAAUAAGUAUAUGCAUCCAAAAAAUAUAUAUAAAUCACCUCCUAAUUUCAAACAAUUAGCAAUAGAUUAUCCGGAAUUUCGCGAGUUCGUUACACAAGAUAUAACUGGUAAAGUAGGUUUAGAUUUCAAAAAUAUAAAAGCGUUAAGGGCCUUAUCUUGUAUUUUAUUAAAAAAAGAUUUUGGUCUUGAUGUAGAAAUACCUUUAGAUAAGUUAAUACCGACAAUUCCUCUGAGAUUAAACUAUAUUCUAUGGCUAGAGGACCUUCUUACAUUGACUGGAAAUACUGAAGCUAUAAAAGGUGUAGAUAUAGGGACCGGUGCCUCUUGUGUCUAUCCUCUGAUAGCUGCCAAAAAAAAUAAAUGGCAAAUGCUAGCUUCAGAAGUUGAUAACAACAAUUACAUUUACGCUAAAAAUAAUAUAGAAAAAAAUGAUUUACAAGACUUGAUAGAAGUAGUGAAAGUAGAAGAAAACGUUAUUCUAAAAGAUUUGCUUAAAGAUGACAAAUAUGAUUUCCUCAUGUGCAACCCACCUUUCUUCGGAAGUACCAAAGAAUUGCGAUCUAAUGCUAAUUCUAGGAACUUGAAUAGACCGAAACCAAAAAAUUCCUUUUGUGCUUCAACUGUAGAAGUCGUUGUGAAAGGGGGUGAGGUGGAUUUCAUUAGUAAAUUAAUACAAGAAAGUAAAAUUUUAGAAACAAACGUAAAAAUAUAUACUACCAUGGUCGGACAUAAGAAAAGCUUACCAGAAUUGAAGAAACUGCUUAGAGAAGUAGAAGUAUCUAGUUUCAAGGAAACAGAGUUUUGUCAGGGUAAUACUACCAGGUGGGGUUUAGCAUGGACUUUUAUCACAAACUUAGACUUAAAAAAAUGUUUAGAUCCUAUUAAAUUGGUAACGAAACCCAAAAAAAACAAGGAUCCUCUUACUUACAUUUUCCCCUUCAGCGAAGUAGAUGAAUUAUCUCUAAAUAAAGCUAGAGAUUGCAUUAUUAAACUCUUCGAAGGGUUAGAAAUGGUAUUGCAAGAAGUAUCUCGACAAAAAAACGUCAUUAGAUAUUUCGUAACUGCAUAUGCUAAUACAUGGUCAAAUCAAAGAAGAAAACGAAGAGAAAGAUUAAGAAAUAGUAUAGACAAUUCUAGUUCUGUUAGUGAAAACAACAAUGAAUGUGAAGAUAACAAUGAAAUUAUAGAUAAGGAAGCUAAAUCACCUGGGAAAAGAACUAAUGAAGACCACAUUGAAGGGGCAUUUGUAAAAAAAUUAAAAAUAAGCGGAGACGAAGGAGGUGCAAUAUUUUUCAAAUUUAUUGUAUCAUUAAAACUUCAUGAUGAUACUAUCAUACUAGAAAUAGAUUGUUUAGAAAGUUACAAUAACAGAGAUUACUUACAUCAAAUAUUACAAUAUAUUAAGAAUCAUUUAGAAACUUAAUGGAAUAUGUUGUAUGAGAUGGUUUUUAAGGCCUUAAUAUUUUCUUGAUUUUCUAUGAAGUAUUAAAUAUUAUAUCCAGAAUAUAUUUUUGUUUAAAAAAAAUAUUAA